AUGUUUGAGGAGAGCACCCCGGAGAGAAGAGGCUGCUGUCCGGAGCCCGUCAGCAUGCGGCUCCUGUUGAGUGUUUUAUACCCCGUCCUCUCCCUCACCGUCUUCGGAUUAUACCCCUCCAUGACUAUUGGCCCAAAGGAGGGCUGGCAGGUGUACAGCUCAGCUCAGGAUGCUGAUGGUCGGUGUAUCUGCACUGUGGUGGCGCCAGAACAGAGUCUGUGCUCCAGAGAUGCGAAGAGCAGACAGCUUCGUCAGCUGCUGGAGAAGGUGCAGAACAUGUCUCAGUCGAUCGAGGUGCUAAACCUGAGGACUCAGAGGGAUUUCCAAUACGUCAUGAAGAUGGAGAGUCAGAUGAAAGGCCUGAGGACCAAAUUCAGACAGAUCGAGGACGACAGGAAAUCCAUCAUGGCCAGAAACUUCCAGGAGCUUAAAGAUAAAAUGGACGAGCUGAAGCCAUUGAUCCCCGUGUUGGAGCAGUAUAAGAUGGAUGCAGCGCUCAUCUCUCAGUUCAAGGAGGAAAUCAAGAACCUGUCUAUGGUGCUGACAGGGAUCCAGGAGGAGCUCGGCGCAUAUGACUAUGAUGAGCUCUACAAGAGAGUCCUGAGACUGGACAGCCGGCUCCGUAGCUGUAUGGGCAAACUGACGUGUGGGAAAUUAAUGAAAAUCACUGGACCUGUUACAAUAAAGACAUCUGGAACCCGGUUUGGGGCAUGGAUGACUGAUCCUCUGGCAUCGACCAGAAACAACAGGGUCUGGUAUAUGGACAGCUAUACCAACAGCAAGAUUGUACGUGAGUACAAAACUAUGGAUGACUUUGUAGCUGGAGUUGUUUCAAGAACCUACAGCCUCCCAUUUAAAUGGGAGGGAACCAAUCACAUUGUCUACAACGGAUCUCUUUACUACAACAAAUACCAGAGCAACAUCAUCGUGAAGUACAGCUUUGAGUCAGGCAGUGUGUUAGCUCAGAGGGCUCUGGAGUUCGCCGGUUUCCACAACAUGUACCCGUACACCUGGGGUGGGUACUCUGACAUCGACGUCAUGGCCGAUGAGCUGGGAAUGUGGGCGGUGUACGCGACCAAUCAGAAUGCGGGGAAUGUGGUCAUCUCUCAGAUUGACCCAGACACACUGCAGGUGCUGAAGACUUGGAACACGGAGUACUCGAAAAGGAAUGCAGGUGAAUCCUUCAUGAUCUGUGGGACGCUCUACAUCACCAACUCUCACCUGUCAGGAGCAAAGGUGUACUACGCCUUCUCCACUAAGACGUCCACCUAUGAGUACAUCGACAUCCCCUUUCACAACCAGUACUUUCACAUCUCCAUGCUCGACUACAAUGCCAGAGAGAGGGCGCUGUACGCCUGGAACAACGGACACCAGGUCAUUUUUAACGUCACACUCUUUCAUGUCAUUAAAACUGAUGACGACUCUUAAAUGUCUGACAUUUAAAAAACAACUCGAGUACCAUCAUUCCGAAUGAAAGGACCAGAUAAUCCAUGGUUUCUUUUCUUAUGGGCUGCGGGGUCUUUACUCCC